CGUCGACGGUGACGUGACGAUGACGUACCAGGAAGUCGUGUCGGAGACGACAGCACCAGCGGCUGGCUCGCCGCGAAGCUAACGUUACACCGCGUGACAAGAAAAACACGCAAAGAUGACAUGUCAACAGCGUCUGGAACUCGCCCUUUAGAAGUCGCUGCGUUGCGGCCAUUUGUCACGAAGAAGGCGGUAACUCGAACGAGCUUCCUGUCCCCCACUGGGACACCGGGACGUCUCGAUGUCCUCCGGCUGUCCACCCCAGUCGCCUGCAGUGGCAAAGUCUGAGGUACCGGUGGAGGGAGAAUGCCCGCUGCUGGCCGCCACCUUCGCCUACUGGGACAACAUCCUGGGCCCCCGCGUGCGCCACAUCUGGACGCCGAAGGGGGACCAGCUGAUGUUCCUCAGCGACGGAGAGGUCACCUUCUUGGCCAACCACACGCUCAACGGCGAGAUCCUGCGCAGCGCCGAGUGCGGCGCCGUGGACGUGAAGUUCUUCGUCCUGGCGGAGAAGGGCGUCAUCAUCGUGUCGCUCAUCUUCGACGGCGAGCUGAAGGGGGACAAGAACACGUGCGCCUUGUCCAUUAUCCUCCCGCAGACCGAGCUGCCCUUCUACCUGCCCCUGCACACCAUCUGCGUGGAGAGGCUGAAGCAUGUUAUCCGCAAAGGGCGCAUUUGGAUGCAGAAGGGCUACAACAUCAUCUCGGUGCUGAGCCUGGAGAUCGUCCCCAUAAUGGAGCUGUUGGCCUCAAUGAAGUCGCACAGCGUGCCCGAAGACGUAAACAUAAAAGACACCGUGCUAAAUGAUGAUGACAUCGGGGACAGCUGCCACGAGGACUUCCUCCACAAGGCCGUCAGCUCUCAUCUGCAAACUUGUGGCUGUUCCGUAGUGGUGGGAAGCAACCCGGAGAAAGUAAAUAAGAUUGUGCGGACUCUGUGCCUCUUCCUCACCCCGGCUGAGAGGAAGUGCUCCCGCCUCUGCAGGACUGACUCGUCUUUCAAAUAUGACACAGGCCUGUUUGUUCAGGGUCUGCUAAAGGACUCCACAGGCAGCUUCGUGCUGCCCUUCCGCCAGGUGCUCUACUCGCCGUACCCGACCACGCACAUCGACGUCGACAUCAACACGGUCAAGCAGAUGCCGCCGUGCCACGAGCACACGUACAACCAGCGGCGCUACAUGCGGUCCGAGCUGAGCGCCCUGUGGAAGGCGGACAGCGAGGAGGACAUCGCCCCCGACACGGUCAUCCACACCGACGAGAGCUUCACCCCCGACCUGAAUAUAUUUCAAGACGUCAUGCAUAAAGACACUUUGGUGAAGUCCUUCAUAGAUGAGGUGUUCAUGCUGAAGCCCGGACUGUCCCUGCGGAGCACCUACCUGGCCCAGUUCCUGCUGCUGCUCCACAGGAAGUCCCUCACGCUGCUCAAGUACAUCGAGGACGAGACGCAGAAGGGGAAGAAGCCCUUCCGAUCGCUGCGCAACCUGAAGACGGACCUGGACCUGGCGGUGGAAGGCGACCUGUACAUCGUCAUGGCCUUCGCCGAGAAGCUGCGGGCGGGGCUUCACUCCUUCGUGUUCGGGAAGCCGUUCUACACCAGCAUGCAGGAGCGGGACGCGCUCAUGAGCUUCUGACGCGCCAGCUCGCCGCUGCACGCCAUAUCGUCUUCAGUUUGUUGUUGUCAUCGAUGCAUGCGCACCUCUGUGUGUGUGUGUGUGUGUGAGAGUGUGUUUGCUUCAGCUCUGCUGGAAUGAGAAGAACGCGGCGAUGUCCUGAUGAAUUCAAGGCGUGAUUUCGAAGACGGAUUGUUACAGCUAUUAUGAGCCAUUAGAAUUAAAGUUCUGAUAUAUUGCCUCGAUGAACCGUGAGCAUAAUGUGAGUUUAAUGUUUUUAAGGAGCCACUCUGAGAGAGAAUUAUUCAUGUAUUCUAUGCCUUCUGUAUUAAUUUAUGGCGUUGAAAUUGGCUGAGGUGCGCUCCAGGACAUUUGCAAUAUAAUUUAGAAAUCAUAUUUAUUAAAAGAUGAGUUAUGUUUUUUUUUUUUUCCUGCUGCCUGUGUUAUACAAUAAUCUCAGAACUUGUAGAUCACCUGUCUUUUUUUGUUUUUGUGUUUUAAGGAAUUCAAUUCAAGACACUGUGUUAAUUGAAUGUGCAGAUCUAGUGACAAUACAGAAGUAAGAAAGACAAGUCAUUGAAGUCUCAUCACAACCCGACUUGAUGUGUGCAAUCAUUAAACGUGUCCGCAGCUGUGCGUAACUUGGA